UUUUGAAUGCUGCGUGGUAAUUAAAAAUUCUGAAAAUAAAUUGAGUUCUUUGAGUCAUCCUUGCUGCAGAAAGAUAGCAUUGAUAAACAUGUACUGAAAUACUUCUUACAUUUUUUGGUGGGGUCCUGGAGUGAGAACAGCCUUUAAAUAUAAAAGUAUCAUAAUUUAUCUAAAUGGUUAUUGGUUUAAAACUCAAUAGCACCGGAGCAAUCAGUUUGACUGCAGGACUGCAAAUUGGAAGCAGAAAUGAAUGGAAUGAAAGUAUUUGCUGCCAUAUUGACGACACUCAUUGCUUAUUGCAAUGCUAAAGCUCAAGUUAAUUUGCUAACUCUACCAAAUGCUUGUCUUACUAAUCCUGGUGCAGUGUUAGCAGUGUCUUAUGGUGUGCCAUACAUAUGGAGAUGUUGGAUGUAUUGUGGAUAUUAUAGUCAGAGAUAUUCCACAUCUGGUAUGGAGUGUUGGCUCUAUGGGGAAAAUUCUCAGACUUCUAGUUUCGAAGUACCUUGUCUGAUUCCAGGAGGACCUUACCAGUAUAGACAGAUAUACCCAAUUGGGCUGAGUAUAACACUUGCAUACUUGGGUAUGACAACAUUGAAGAAGACCUAGAUGUGGUUAAUUAUGCUGAAUGUAGAAACAAAUGUAACUCAAAUCCAAAUUGCAAAUCCCUGGAAUAUGUUACCUGCCCUUCAGGAAGACGUGCAGAAAUAAGGAAAUGCAAUUUAUCGACCAGAAACUAUCGGAAUCAUGAAUUAAGCAGUCCAUGUGAAUAUAAUGAUGGUUGCAACUACCAUUAUGCUGAAAAACAAUAUAAUGUAUAGUUGAAAUCCAAUUUCAGGCAAGAAGAG